UUACUGUAUAGUGAUUGUUGAAUUUACAAUUCUGUGUAUAUGUUGUUGUUUUGCAAACAGCCUGAAAUCUUCUUCUCUGUGCUGAGUGAAGGCACAUGGUCUAAAGUACUGACAGAUGAACAGAGGCAGCAUCUCCGUCAACUGUUACCACACUACUGAGCAGGACCGCACCAUCAGCGACCUCUUCAACAACCAGAACUUCUGCUUCGGAAACCCCUUGCACCUUGAAACUGAAACUGUUCAGAGGUAAAGAAAAAAUCCCCAUCUCUCUCAAACUGCUUGAUUUUGAGUACGUUUCUGGACAAUGUAUGACGCUGUGCUCUCCCCAGAUGGCCAUUUUAAUCCAGAAGUGGUCAAGUACAGACAUCUGUGUGCCAAGUCCCAGAAAAAACGUCAGCUCUACUCCUUUCAGCAGUACUACCACAAACUCCUCAAACAGAUCCUGGUCUCUAGAAAGGUAUGGCAGACAUCUCCAAGCUUCACUCUCAAGCACAAGGUGAAUGGCCUUCCUCAGUAUGUUCAUAUUAUUAUGUUUAGGAACUACUGGAGUUGGCAGUCCACAGUGGCCCUAACACCGCGGUGAAGAGAAAGUACCCCACCCAGAUGCCUGGUGAGAUGCAGGAACAGAGGGUGAGAGGAAGAGUGUGCCGGAUACUAUAAGGGAAGUUAAAACGGACUGUGGAGACCGAUAUGCCUCAUCUGACGAUGAUGGUGAGUCUUCUUUCAUCAGCCUAGAUUGUUGAAAUUGAAUUGCAUUUAGCAGCAUUGAAUAAGUGCCAUGUCUUUCAGUGUUUGCUUUGGGUCAAUCCAAAUCUGAACCAAUCAAAUGUUGUCCUUUGUGUUUGCAGGUACAGCCACUUCGCUGCCAACACCUCAGUCUCCUUCCUCUCCCACACCUACUGUCUUUGUCAGGGUUCUGCCCAGUCUCUCCACCCAGGACAUGAAGACCACAGGUCAGUUACAGUCUGUCUAUACAGCUACUGUAGUGCAUGUAUAGACUCUGCAGAUACACUGACAGAAGAUUUGUGACGUCUGCUCACACAGAUAAGCCAGAGCUGGGAGAGAAGGACAUGAGAGCCAUGCUACGGAGACAUGGAGAGAAGAGGAGACGGCAACCGGUUACUUUCUUCUAUGCUUCUCCAUAAACAAAAACAUCACAGAAAUCUGCCAUCCUUUUGAAUCAUAAAAUCAAUUUAUGAAUAGAUAUGAGGGACACUGUCUACCUAAUAUCAUCUUGUACAACAUUCCCUUGCAUCCUAAUCCUAGUCAUUCUUAUUUGCACAGGAUCAUCCAGAUUUGAUGACCUCAGACAUCCACCUGGGCGACAUGAUGUCUAGAGUGAACAUAGGUCGUAAAGGCGCCAUGAUGGGUGAGUACAUGACCAAAACACCACCGUCAUAAUCAUAAAGCGAAAUGAAUCAUACAUAGCUAGAUUCUAUAAGAUCCUCUGAAUAAUGUAUUCACAACUAAUGUAGAAACAAUCUUAACUUAUACCUUCUAUUAUCUAGCACUGUUUGACCUGGCUCUGCCCAAGAGGAAGAUGAGGGAGGAGGGGAGAAAGAAGAAGAUGAGGACAAUUAAAGUGGAGUCUGAGGAUCCCUGCGAGGCUCUGAUGCCUUCAGAAGCACCAGCUCCAUCACUUAACAUCACAGCUGCUCUGUCUGACACAUCAGUCACUCCACUGCCCAGUGUCAAGGAAGAGUGAGUCUAUGUACUCAUCCCACAAAGAUGACAUUUUUUACCUGACAAGAGUUUCUAAUGAAACUUGACAUGCUAUUGUUAUGUUAGAACAUCUGUGGUUAUACAUUUAAUGAAUGAAGCAAAAUUACAGCUUUACUGAUAUUCCUGUGCGACAGACAUUUAGAUACUAUCAUGAAUUCAAUUGAACACUGCGCUCCAUACUUUUCAAUCUGCAUAGACCUGCUGUCGUCUUCUAUCGCCACCUACAGGCCGAUGGAGGAGGUGCAGAACAGGCCUGUCAUGGUGGAGGAGAUUGCUGUGAGCUUCUUCAACCUGCUGGAGAAUAUCCUGAGACUAGAGGGGCUCGCCAGCGCAGCCAUGGUAUUCACUCAUGCCUACCUACACAAGUACAUUGCCACGCAAAAGUUUAGGGACAUGGUGGCAGGAUUGUGUAUGUCUUUGGUUCUGAAACUUUUGACACUCGACCCCCAAAAAGGAGUGGUUCAAACCUCGUGACCCCCGCCCGCGCACAAGCACAAUCGCUGCGCAAAUGUAUCCUGUCAUUACAGCUAUAAACAGUGAUGCAUUUUGAUAAUGCAAGAUACAGAAAUAAACUACAUUUUAUACCUGCAUUUUUAGCUGAAAGUCAUUCAUGUUAGCAGCCAAAAUCAACUAGGGAUAUCAUGCCAUUUCUCUGGAGUCCAGAGCAAACAGCUAGGAUACAGCCUACUUGUAUGCAGCAGAGGUUGCAGGAUCAGAUGAAAAGUCUGAAAUGUAGUCUUUUACUUCCUCACAAAUGUCUUAAUACAUUCGCCAGAAUAUGUUACAUCUUAAUCCCAUAAGUACUGCUAUAUUGAGAAAUAGUUUUUGCCAGGCAAAAUCGGGAGAAAAUGAAGCAAGUACUUUCUGGUCACUAAUCUAGAUAUGCGCGCCCACCAAUGCUGACGUUUGGUCAUUGGUCAACAGUCAAGACGCGCAACUUUUUGGUUCUGAAGCACAGAUUAGAUGUUUUUGAGACAAGAAUUUGGUGCAAUACUGUAGGCCUAUGUUAUUAACCAGAUUAAAUGGGUCAGUAUUACAUUCGCGACCACCCCACCCCCAAAACCUUCCCACGACCCCCAGGGGACCGCCAGUUUGAGAACCACUGGUGUAUGUGAUGAGCUGAACUGGAACUUUGAAUUGGAACUGUUGUAAGACUUGAAAAUGAUACAGUGGGGAAAAAAAGUAUUUAGUCAGCCACCAAUUGUGCAAGUUCUCCCACUUAAAAAGAUGAGAGGCCUGUAAUUUUCAUCAUAGGUACACGUCAACUAUGACAGACAAAAUGAGAUUUUUUUUCUCCAGAAAAUCACAUUGUAGGAUUUUUAAUGAAUUUAUUUGCAAAUUAUGGUGGAAAAUAAGUAUUUGGUCAAUAACAAAAGUUUCUCAAUACUUUGUUAUAUACCCUUUGUUGGCAAUGACACAGGUCAAACAUUUUCUGUAAGUCUUCACAAGGUUUUCACACACUGUUGCUGGUAUUUUGGCCCAUUCCUCCAUGCAGAUCUCCUCUAGAGCAGUGAUGUUUUGGGGCUGUCGCUGGGCAACACGGACUUUCAACUCCCUCCAAAGAUUUUCUAUGGGGUUGAGAUCUGGAGACUGGCUAGGCAACUCCAGGACCUUGAAAUGCUUCUUACGAAGCCACUCCUUCGUUGCCCGGGCGGUGUGUUUGGGAUCAUUGUCAUGCUGAAAGACCCAGCCACGUUUCAUCUUCAAUGCCCUUGCUGAUGGAAGGAGGUUUUCACUCAAAAUCUCACGAUACAUGGCCCCAUUCAUUCUUUCCUUUACACGGAUCAGUCGUCCUGGUCCCUUUGCAGAAAAACAGCCCCAAAGCAUGAUGUUUCCACCCCCAUGCUUCACAGUAGGUAUGGUGUUCUUUGGAUGCAAUUCAGCAUUCUUUGUCCUCCAAACACAAUGAGUUGAGUUUUUACCAAAAAGUUAUAUAUUUUGGUUUCAUCUGACCAUAUGACAUUCUCCCAAUCCUCUUCUGGAUCAUCCAAAUGUACUCUAGCAAACUUCAGACGGGCCUGGACAUGUACUGGCUUAAGCAGGGGGACACGUCUGGCACUGCAGGAUUUGAGUCCCUGGCGGCAUAGUGUGUUACUGAUGGUAGGCUUUGUUACUUUGGUCCCAGCUCUCUGCAGGUCAUUCACUAGGUCCCCCCGUGUGGUUCUGGGAUUUUUGCUCACCGUUCUUGUGAUCAUUUUGACCCCACGGGGUGAGAUCUUGCGUGGAGCCCCAGAUCGAGGGAGAUUAUCAGUCGUCUUGUAUGUCUUCCAUUUCCUAAUAAUUGCUCCCACAGUUGAUUUCUUCAAACCAAGCUGCUUACCUAUUGCAGAUUCCGUCUUCCCAGCCUGGUGCAGGUCUACAAUUUUGUUUCUGGUGUCCUUUGACAGCUCUUUGGUCUUGGCCAUAGUGGAGUUUGGAGUGUGACUGUUUGAGGUUGUGGACAGGUGUCUUUUAUACUGAUAACAAGUUCAAACAGGUGCCAUUAAUACAGGUAACGAGUGGAGGACAGAGGAGCCUCUUAAAGAAGAAGUUACAGGUCUGUGAGAGCCAGAAAUCUUGCUUGUUUGUAGCUGACCAAAUACUUAUUUUCCACCAUAAUUUGCAAAUCAAUUCAUUAAAAAUCAUAGUUGACGUGUACCUAUGAUGAAAAUGACAGGCCUCUCUCAUCUUUUUAAGUGGGAGAACUUGCACAAUUGGUGGCUGAAUAAAUACUUUUUUUCCCCACUGUAUAAUGAUUAAUGUAUGUCCUGUUGUUAGUUGGAGGAGAAGGUCCAACGGUGGCAGACAUCUCCAGCUAGUUCCCUGAACCCCUUGUUCUCCUCGGCCUCCUGCUGGUCAGAGAUGGUGCUGCCGGCCCUGCACUUCCUGGCUGGGGAGAGUAAAGGUGAGCACGGCAGACUCCCUCUUCUCUGGAUCAUUAAAGCAGUAAUAUGUCAUAUCAUCCUCAUCUUUCUUAUCUCACUCUCUGUUCUUCGCUCACUAUCUUCCACUCCUUCAUUCAGUUCAUAUGAUGGUUAUUCCCAGUGGCUUCACCCCCUAUGUGGCGUUCAGGGAAAGCUCACAGCAAUGGAAAUGGAUUAGUAAGAUCUCUUUUUUUUUUGGUCAGUCAGUUGAUUUGUCCAAAUUCUGGCACAUUGCAAAUGAAAAUAUUUCAGAAGUUUGAGAUUUAAAGAUUUCUCAAUCUCACGUCUCGAAGGUCCCAGUCCGGAUGGAGAGAAGGAUUUGAGUGCUCUGUGUCAGCUGUGGGUCGACUCCAAGGACUUGGUUGUGGUCAAGGUAUUACAAUUACACAUUUUCACCUCUCACUCCUCUCCUCUCUGGUCGUUUUCUGUUCCCUGUAAUACACUUGAAUAAAAUAACGAUGUCCUCUACAGACAGAAUGUGAAGAACUAACAGAGAUGACUUCUCCCACCCCUAGAGUGUAAGUUUCCAUGUUACUCGUAUCACAGAUGACCUUACUCAGAAUGAGGUUAGGUAGUGUAUGUGUUCAUUGCCAUACAGGGAUUUUAUUGUAAUACUGUUUGCUGUUCUCUCUGUAACUAAGCAGUUGGACAAACUAUGUGGUGCGGGCCAGCACUGGAGACCAGAGGCAUGUUUUUCAAGUGCAGGUCAGUGUCACGUCUCUACCUUUUAGUCUAGGAUCUCUUCUGUAUUGAGUAUUAUUUAUAAAGACCACACAUAUUCUCUGCAAUCAUUAUGUGUCCAUGUUCUUGUUUUGAUCAUCAGGAGCAGCAUAGGUAUGACCAGCCACACAAAGCCUUCACCUUCAGAAUGCAUGGCUUUGAGUCUGUGGUGGGGCCUGUUAAGGGGGUCUUUGACAAGGAGAUGUCUCUUAACAAGGCCAGAGAGCACACUCUUCUGCGCUCAGACCGCCCAGCCUAUGUCACCAUCCUCUCCCUGGGUAAGACUGACCCUGUCAUCAGUGUGGGAUGUUGUUGCAGUAGCUUUAGGUUAGAUGUGCGGUAUAUGACUGGUCUGCUCCUCCUCCUCUCCCUCAGUGCGGGACGCAGCAGCCCGGCUGCCCAACGGAGAGGGGACCAGGGCUGAGAUCUGUGAGCUGCUCAAGGACUCUCAAUUCCUGGCACCAGAUGUCACCAGUGCUCAGGUUAGAUACUCACUGUUACUGGAUUAUUGUUGUCACUCGUAUACACAAUGUUUUGACAUACACUACUGGUGAGAAGUUUUAGAACACCUACUCAUUCAAUGGUUUUUCUUUAUUUUUACUAUUUUCUACAUUGUAGAAUAAUAGUGAAGACAUCAAAACUAUGAAAUAACACAUAUGGAAUCAUGUAGUAACCAAAAAAGUGUUAAACAAAUCAAAAUAUAUUUUAUAUUUGAAAUUCUUCAAAUAGCCACCCUUUGCCUUGAUGACAGCUUUGUACACUCAACCAGCUUCACCUGGAAUGCUUUUCCAACAGUCUUGAAGGAGUUCCCACAUAUGCUGAGCACUUGUUGGAUGCUUUUCCUUCACUCUGCGGUCCGACUCAUCCCAAACCCUCUCAAUUUGGUUGAGGUCGGGGGAUUGUGCAGCACUCCAUCGCUCUCCUUCUUGGUAAAAUAGCCCUUACACAGCCUGGAGGUGUGUUUGGGUCAUUGUCCUGUUGAAAAACAAAUGAUAGUCCCACUAAGCUCAAACCAGAUGGGAUGGCGUAUCGCUGCAGAAUGCUGUGGUAGCCAUUCUGGUUAAGUGUGCCUUGAAUUCUAAAUAAAUCACAGACAGUGUCACCAGCAAAGCACCAUAACACCUCCUCCAUGCUUUAUGGUGGGAAAUACACAUGCGGAGAUCAUCCGUUCACACACACUGUGUCUCACAAAGACACAGCGGUUGGAACCAAAAGUCUCCAAUUUGGACUCCAGACCAAAGGAUAAAUUUCGGUCUAAUGUCCUUUGCUCGUGUUUCUUGGCCCAAGCAGGUAUCUUCUUCUUAUUGGUGUCCUUUAGUAGUGGUUUCUUUGCAGCAAUUCGAGAAGGCCUGAUUCACACAGUGUCCUCUGAACAGUUGAUGUUGAGAUGUGUCUGUUACUUGAACUCUGUGAAGCAUUUAUGUGGGCUGCAAUUUCUGAGACUGGUAACUCUAAUGAACUUAUCCUCUGCAGCAGAGGUAACUCUGGGUCUUCCAUUCCUGUGGCGGUCCUCAUGAGAGCCAGUUUCAUCAUAGCGCUUGAUGUUUUUUGCAACUGCACUUGAAGAAACUUUCAAAGUUCUUGAAAUGUUCUGUAUUCACUGACUUUCAUGUCUUAAAGUAAUGAUGGACUGUCAUUUCUCUUUGCUUUAUUGAGCUGUUCUUGCCAUAAUAUGGACUUGGUCUUUUACCAAAUAGUGCUAUCUUCUGUAUACCCCCCUACCUUGUCACAACACAACUGAUUGUCUCAAACGCAUUAAGAAGGAAAGAAAUUCCACAAAUUAACUUUUAAGAAGGCACACCUGUUAAUUGAAAUGCAUUCCUGGGCCCAGAUUCACAAAACACUUCUUAAGCAAAAAUGUAAAGAAGCUUCUUAAGAAAAAAAAAAAGAAGUUCAUAAGUGCAAUUCCUCAACAAUAUCUUAAGAUUUGAUGAUUUUCUUACUAACUUCUCAUAUCUUCUUAUAAAUCUUCUUAAGAUGUUUGUUGCUAGCUAUGUAGCUAGCAAUGGCAAUCAUUUUAGCAUAUUUCUUACUGAGAUUCCGGUUCUAAAACAUGUUAUUGGGUUUAUAAUAAUCAAUACUGAAACUUUCAGAUGAAAUUUGUGAGUGAAUUAAACAUGUUCAAUUGCUUUCAUGAGCUUUUUCUCUCUCUGCUCUGAGUUUAAGACAAGGGUUUUGCAAUCUUGAAAUGAAGAACAUUUCCAAUAACUUUAUUUUCAAGAAUCUAAUUUCUUCUUAACUCUUUUCUUAAGGAGAAACAUAAGAAAUAGCGCAAUAACAUUUCCAAGAACCUUUUUGAGGAAUAGCAACUUUGCUUCUUUCUUCUUAAGUCUAUAUUUAAUGAAAAAAUGGCAGUUAAGAAGAAUCACAAAUAUAAAAUAUGUUUUGAUUUGUUUAAUACUUUUUUGGUUACUACAUGAUUCCAUAUGUGUUAUGUCAUAAUGUUGAUGUCUUCAGUAUUAUUCUGCAAUGUAGAAAAUAGUAAAAAUUAAGAAAAACCCUUGAAUGAGUAGGUGUGUCCAAACUUUUGACUGGUACUGUAGAUGUGCGUCAAAUGAUUUUCUGUCGAUGUAUGUUUGGCUGUGACUGAGCAAGGCACCUGAUGUGCUGUUUCCUGCAGGUGAACACGGUUGUGAGUGGGGCUCUGGACAGGCUGCACUAUGAGAAGGACCCCUGUGUAAAGUAUGACAUCGGCCGCAAGCUGUGGAUCUACCUGCACCGCGACCGCGGUCAGGAGGAGUUUGGUGAGCAGCACAUUCUGCCAAUGGAAAAUGAUAAGAAUAGGAUAGGAAUUGUUACAAAUAAUCUAACCUCGUCCCCAGGCUAUUGUGCACAGCGCAUAUACGCCUGGGAUAUCAACCACUCAAAGUUGGCCUUAGUGGGAGUGUCCUACUGAGUAAAGUAUUUUGUCAUCAUUUAAUUUUAGCCAAUCACAUGACUGCGAGGCGUGGCUCUGUGCUGUUGGUGUUGUGGGAGAUGAUUGGUUGGUAGAUUAAGCCAAUGCCUAUGCGCUGGGAGUUUCUCCCGGCUCUCUGUAUUGGCUAACGAAGGCCAAAUUUGACACGCUGGUCCACCAGACAUUUUGCGCAUUUGGGCAGAAGUGUUACAACACACUUUAACUACAACCCAUUAUUCUUUCCCCAUCCAGAGAAAAUUCACCAGGCUCAAGCUGCUGCUGCCAAGGCCAGAAAGACACUGCAGCAGAAACCUAAACCUGCGAGUCCCACUGCCUCUACUCUGCUGUGACUACAGUACUGCUGACAAAUAGACGUUUCAUAAUAUAAUAAUAAUAUGCCAUUUAGCAGACGCUUUUAUCCAAAGCGACUUACAGUCAUGCGUGCAUACAUUUUUAAAUUAUUUUUUGUGUAUGGGUGGUCCCGGGGAUCGAACCCACUACCUUGGCGUUACAAGUGCCGUGCUCUACCAGCUGAGCUACAGAGGACCUCUAUACUGUAUACACUGACAUACCCUCUGUGGAGACAUAUAAUCUUUGAAUGUGGAAAGUCUUGCUGAACCACUUGUCACUAGAAUCCUAAUCAAACUGUUUCUAUGUAAUGAGCUCUGUUAUUGUCUAACAUACACUGAGUGGACAAAACAUUAGGAACCAUGACGUAGACUGACCAGGAGAAAGCUAUGAUUCCUUAUUGAUGUCACCUGUUAAAUCCACUUCAAUCUGUGUAGAUGAAGGGGAGGAGACCGGUUAAAGAAGGGUUUUUAAGCCUUGAGACAAUUGAGACAUGGAUUGUGUAUGUGCCAUUGAGGGUGAAUGGGCAAGACAAACGAUUUAAGUGCCUUUGAAUGGGGUAUGGUAGUAGGUGCCAGGCGCACCGGUUUGUGUCAAGAACGGCAACACUGCUGGGUUUUUCACGCUCAACAGUUUACCCGUGUGUAUCAAGAAUGGUCCACCACCCAAAGGACAUCCAGCCAACUUGACACAACUGUGGGAAGCAUUGGUCAACAUGGACCAGCAUCCCCGUGGAACGCUUUCGAGAGUCCAUGCCCCAACUCAGUAUUAGGAAGGUGUUUCUAAUGUUUUUUUACACUCAGUGUAUGUGUGUUGAUGGUGACUAUCCAUCUUGUGUUAUAGAAGUCUGGCAGUAAGGAGGGCAGUGGUAAGACCUCUGGAGGCCUGGAAGCAGGUGAUAUGGGAGGUCCCAUGUCCCCAACUCCCACCACCCCUGGAACCCCCAAAUCACCCCUCGCCCCUGUAGCCACAACCCCCACUAAAGCUGGGAUGCCAGAUUCAGUCCUGGGUCAGUUUAACACAGCUUCCAUAGAUGAAGUCUUAUCAGGCUCAAUUAUCGAACACAUACAGUAUUUGUAUCUUCUUGAUGUUAUGGAAGUACUAAUACCCUGCUCUCUUCACCCUUAGUGUUCUCUUAGUGUCUCCUCCCCACAUGCCCCAGCUGGGGACCCUGUUGUCCAGCAGCCAGUCUGGCCCACAGGUCUCUCAGCCAGCUACCUCCCAUUACUCAGCCAGGGUAGUGGGCCACCAGUCAGGCUCUCUGCCUCAGGUAAGAGUGGUCUCAGCCCAGACAGCAAUAGGACAGCAGGACACGCUGGUGCACCAGACCCCUCAUCAGAUCAGAGUGCCAGUCACCAUGGGCGCCACACAGGUGAGUCACUGACCAUUCUGUUACCAACAAAACAAUCCUAUGCUGACUAUCGGGAGAACUGAGUCUAUUCAGUGUUAAAUCGAUUUUGAGAAGAGCUUUAAAAUAUUUACCUGGAAUUUGCAGAAUAUUUAACUGUAUUAAUCAGUAGUUUUGAGCGAAUAACCAAAACAUUGGUUAUUUUUUGUUUUUUAACAACUGACCAACAUCUGUUAAAUUAUUUGAGUUCCAUUUUGUUUGUUAUUUUCCUGUGAUCUCGAUGAGCAGUUUCUGUAUAAAUAAAUCAGAUCAAGCAUGAACUGUGCGAUGUAGUACAUAGCUGUAGUUUCAAACAGGCUAAUAUUCUACAUAGUUUAGUGCAGAAAACAUGGUAAUUAACAACAAUGACUAUAAUCCACUGUGCCUUAUUACUAUUAUAAACUGGUUACCAACGUAAUUAGAGCAGUAAAAAUUAAAUGUUUUGUCAUACCCCUGAUAUACCACGGCUGUCAGCCAAUCAGCAUUCAGGGCUCGAACCACAAAGUUUAUAAAUGUAAAUAAGCUUUCAGAGAGAACAUUUUGAUCUUUAUAGUUUCACUAUAAUGUGUUCAUGAAAGAGCCUUCUUUUUUCAUUUGUUGAGAGUAUUGUCUGUGUUUCAUGCUCACAUAAUUUCUGUCUCUAAAGGUGGCCAUCACAGGCCAGAUGGGCAUGAAGGCUCAAGGUGGAGCAGGAAUUCCAAUAACCGAUACGAAUCUCCGCAUCCAAGGCAAAGAUGUGCUCCGCCUGCCCCCUUCCUCCAUCACCACAGACUCUAAAGGACAGACGGUGCUUCGGAUCACACCUGGCAUGAUGGCCACCCUCACCAAGUGCCCCGUCACCACCGUCAAACUCACCCCCGACAUGUUAGGCACUGCCACUACCAAGAGCAUAUCUGCUACUCUUCGUGUGACCCCACCCCACCACUCCUCCAGCCCAACCUCCUCCUCGGGUGAAGUUCUGACCAGCAAGGCCUCCACUGGCACCACCACCCUGUUGAAGGCUGCAGGGGACACUAUCUGUCUGAUGCCCACCCUGGCAGUCACUAUGGCCGAGCAGAAGACCAGAACCUUCUCCACCGUCUCCUCGUCUGACUCGAAGUGUGGCACCACCAUACGGAUCAUGCCCGGCCUCGGGGUCAUCCCACAGAAACAGGGUCAAACCAUCACCAUGACAACCACCACUGGCAGCAAACCAGUCUCCACUGGGGCCGCGACUGUCACCAUAGCCACCAGUGGAGUGGCCUCAGGCUGUCUGACUCUGGGAACAGCCACAGCUACUGUCUGCCAGGUCCCUGUCACAGCCACAGUGGUGUCCACACAACCAGUAAGCCCCACAGCUUUAUCAACAUGAUUAUUAACUCUCCUCUUAUAUUUACUGUGGGAUUCAGGAUGGUUGUGUAAUAACAGCACUGUAGUAAUAAGUCUGCCUUUGUUGGGAGGCGUAACAUAAAGGGAUAUAUUUUAUUUUCAAGACAUUCUUUAUAGCCACAUUCUCUAUAGCCCCCACCACCCCACCUUUGAAAUGGUCAUCCAAUGAUUCUGCCCCUCUUUAUUUCCCCAGGGGAAGUUACCAGCUCGGAUCACAGUGCCUCUGUCUGUCCUCAGCCAACCACUGAAAAGCAAGAGUGUAAUGACCACACCCAUAAUGAAAGGAAACAUCAGUACGAAGUGAGUCCUCAUGUUCAGUUCAGCCUAAAUUGUCUGUAACAAUAUAUGUGUCAGUCUUCCCCAUGGCAAUAAGCAGCCUGGUUUAGACUGACUGGUGUGUCUCUCUCUGGUCUCUGCAGUCUGGGCAGGAACAUCAUCCUCACCAACAUGCCUGCAGGAACCAAGCUGAUAGCUGGGAAUAAGCCAGUCAGCUUUGUCACGGCGCAACAGUUACAGCAGCUGCAGCAACAGGGCCAGGCCACACAGGUCAGCAGCUCACAUGUUAUUCAAUACUCACCCAGCUCCCAAAGUAACGUUUAGUAUGCAGGAGCCUUUCCUGACCAUGUGACUGGGGGAAAACGCCUGGCCCUAGGCAUCAGGUAUAGUAGUUGGUAGGAGUGGUUGAUGUGUCUGUCUCCUCCAGGUGUGCAUCCAGACGGUACCAGCCCAGCAGCUCCAGCAGCGCUCUGCAGCAGGCUUCCCCAAGUCUGUGUCCACUGUCAUAGUCACCACCACACACUCACCCAAAUUAACCCCUGCCCCACCACCACCGGCA